AUGAACUUUUCAAAUCACCCACCACCAACGUCAGUAAUUAAUCAAAAAAGAAAGUUCGGCAGCCACCACCACCACCCAAAGGCCAAAGCUGCCAUGACAUCUUCGCAAGUUCAUGUAGCAGUGGUUUCUCAAACUCUGAGCUUUCUCUUUUUCCUCUUCUUUUGUAAAGGAGCCUUCGGGGUUACUUUUACUAUUGUAAACGACUGUGGGUUCACUAUCUGGCCUGUUAUCAAUAGCUAUCGACCUUUUAUAAAUGAAACCGGAUUUGAGCUCGCAAAAGGUGACUACGGCAGCAAUGGGACCACUUUUACUGAUUUCAGCAUCAAUCAAACCCAAACCCACAGCCAGGAUUUUUAUGAUGUCAGCAUUUCCGAGGGCUACAAUUUGCCCAUACUUGUGGAGGCCACUUCAGGUUCAGGUUCAGGUUUAAGUAGUUGUGCGAAGACGGGUUGUGUUGAAGACUUGAAUAAGCAGUGUCCAAAGGAGCUAAGUUCAGCAGAUGGAAAGGUAUGUAUGAGUGCUUGCUUAGCUUUUGGCUCUCCAGAGUAUUGUUGCGGUGACUCCUUCUCGUCACCCUCAUCUUGCAAGCCAACAGCAUAUGAUCAGUUUUUUAGAUCAGCCUGCCCAAGAUCUGAAAUAUAUACUACCAGGUCCGAUCGAAAGUCUAGCAUAUAUACGUGUAAUGGUGCCAAUUACACCAUUAGAUUUUGUGCUGCUGCAGAUUCAUUUUCAACAAUCAAACUUGGUGGCCAACUCAAGUCUACAGACCAGCUUGUUUCGGUGCGUGGAAAUUUUACAUUAGGGUUCUUUGGUGAAGAUUACAGUUACUUGGGAAUUUGGUACACAAGCGAUGUUCUAUCCACAAAAGUAUGGGUAGCUAAUCCAAAUGCACCGAUCAUAUCCACCCCAGGCACUCAUACCCUAUCCAUCAGUGCCAAAACCGGAGACUUGGUCAUCAGUGCAGGAUCCAAAACUCUAAUGAGAAUCACCGAUGUUAAACUGGGUCCAAACGCAAAUGUGACUGCAACCCUCGAAGAUAAUGGUAAUUUCCGGCUGAUUAACCAAGUUGACAAAAGAGUUUUGUGGCAGAGUUUUGAUCACCCAACCAAUGUACUUUUACCUGGCAUGAAGCUUGGGUAUGACAUGACAGCAGGCCAGAAUUGGACUUUGACUUCUUGGUUGAGCAAUGAAAACCCUGAAUCAGGACCUUUUACUCUGAGUUGGGAACCCACUCAAAAAGGAUCCCAGAGAUUAAUGAUUCGACGACGAGGACGACCCUACUGGACUAGUGGGAAUCUAAACAACAAAAUAUUUCAAUAUAUGUUUGCAUUGAAUGGCCCAGGUAGUCAAUCCAUGUAUAAUCUCACUUUUGUAUACAACAAUAAAGAAAGAUACUUUAGCUAUGAUGGUAGUACUUCUGUUUUACCCAUGUGGAUUUUGACACCAAACGGCCAUAUUAGAGAUAUUAAUAAUGCUACUGCUUGGAGCCCUGAGUUUUGUUAUGGAUACGAUACUGGUAAUGGUUGUGUGGAGUCGAGUUUUCCUAAGUGCAGGACAGAGAACGAUAAUUUUAGUAAAAAGAAUGGGGAUUUUGCUCAGGAUAUGACAAAAAGUGUUACUGAUGGGAACUCAAGCUUAAGCUUUAACGAUUGUUUUGUUAAGUGCUGGAAUGAUUGCAAGUGUGUGGGGUUCAAUAGUAAUACCACCAAUGGAACUGGUUGUGUAAUUUGGACAGGAAUCAAUAGGUUUUUGGUUAAUCCUCUUGAUAACUCUACAUCAAAGUAUGUGAUCAGCCAAAAUCCAGACAAUCGAAGUACAGGAAACAAUACACAAAAGAGCAAGAAUUGGAUAUGGAUAUCCAUUACUGUUUCCAUUCCUCUUGUUUUCCUUUGUUUUGGGGCUUUAUGGUAUAUAAAGAAGAGAAAGCAUAGACAAAAAGAAAUUGAGAGACGGGAGAGAGAUGAAUAUUUUGUGGAGCUGACAACUUCUGAAAGCUUCAAGGAUGUACAUCGACUUGAACCAGAUGGUGUGAAAGGAAAUGAUUUAUUAUUAUUUAGCUUUUCCUCUAUCAUGGCUGCCACCAAUGAUUUCUCGGUUGAAAAUAAGCUCGGACAAGGUGGUUUUGGACUUGUUUACAAGGGAAAACUAAGUGAUGGGAGAGAAAUAGCAAUCAAAAGGCUUUCAAGAACAUCAAAGCAAGGGCUUGUGGAAUUCAAGAAUGAACUAGUACUCAUAGCUAAACUCCAACAUACAAAUCUUGUUCGAGUUCUCGGUUGUUGCAUUCACGGGGAAGAAAAGAUGUUAAUAUAUGAAUAUAUGCCCAAUAAAAGUUUAGAUUUCUUCGUAUUUGAUGAAAACAGAAAGCCAGAGUUGGAUUGGCCUAAACGAUUUAUCAUUAUUGAAGGAAUUGCUCAAGGGUUGUUGUACUUGCAUAAGUACUCAAGAAUGAAAGUUAUUCAUAGGGAUCUAAAAGCUAAUAACAUUCUUUUAGAUGAGAGGAUGAACCCCAAGAUUUCUGAUUUUGGUAUGGCAAGAAUAUGCGAGCAAAAUGAGACCGAGGCAAUGACUAACAGGGUGGUUGGAACAUAUGGUUAUAUGUCUCCUGAGUACGCAAUGAGGGGGAUUUUCUCAGUCAAGUCCGAUAUCUUCAGCUUUGGUGUCUUGAUCCUGGAAAUCAUCAGUGGAAGAAGAAAUAGUAGCUUUGUCCAUCUUGAUGAGACAUACAACCUUAUUGGAUAUGCAUGGGUGCUAUGGCAACAAGGGGAUACAUUGGAAUUAAAGGACCCAUCACUUGGAAAUACUUGUGAUGAACAACAAUUCUUGAGGAUUGUUCAUGUUGCCCUUCUCUGUGUACAAAAGAAUGCAAUAGAUAGGCCAACAACAUCAGAGAUGAUCUCCAUGCUUCUCAAUGACUCCAUAUCACUACCCACUCCAAACAGACCAACAUUUUUGAUAGGUGGAGGGGACUCAAAAUCAACUUCAUAUGAAAUCAAAGCAGAAGAUUUCUCUGUGAAUAAUGUGACCAUCUCUGUUGUUGGGGUCGAUAGGGUUUGAAAGUAGCUUCAGCAUAUCAUUCUUUGUGAAAAACUUUUCUGUAAUAUAAUUUAUAUUUAUUCAUUUUUAUAGGAGAUGCAAAUCCACUUUUCUAUACUUGUUAAUUGUUAUAUGCAUCCAGAAUUGCCACUUCAAAAUACAAAGUACCCUUUUUAGAGGUCUAUCCAUAUUAAAUACGUUGAUAAAUAAGUAAAGAACAUCUUGUGCAAGCUUGUGGAUAGUAGAUUCAUUAUUAGCUCAAUUUCAAAGCUUUCUCAGUCUAGGAAGUCUGGAUGUAACAUGCAUAAAAAUCAUGUCAAAUUAAAACUUUUUAAAAUCAUUCAGAAACCAUUAAUUAUUACAAAGUGUUUUCAAAAUAGUUUCAUAUCAAAGUU